UGGAUUCCCAUUCAUGGAGUAUGCUGUUCAAAUUAUGCGGGCAGAAGAAACCCUUUAUAUUUCUCGAUCUUCAAACCCUGUAACGCUCUGGAGAUCUUUGGAGAUUGAGAGAUGGCGGUGGAAAGCAGAGUUGAUACAGAGGCGACACUGGAGAGCGUGUGGGCGAGAUUUAUUGCAGGAGAUGGAGGUGAAAAGACAGCAACCUCGACUGAAACAGAGUCAUCGAAGAGGUGGGAGGAGUUGUCUGGCCUUGUUGGGAGAGAUGGAUCCAUGGAAAUUCUACAGAGGCUGCCGAGUCUAGGGAGGUGGGUAUCAAUGGGAACAGAGGCCUGGGAGGAGAUUCUUGAUGGGAUAAUUCCUGAAACCAAUUUAGAACGGCCCUGUUGUGAGGUUAACACAAGCAGAGGUGAUAUAAAUCAGGGGAAUGGAUUGAGCUCUGUGAGGGCAGCAGAGAAGGUGGUUACACGACCUUUCCGGGGAGUGAGGAGGCGGCCGUGGGGCAAAUACGCGGCGGAGAUAAGAGACUCGACGAAGAAAGGCGCUAGGGUUUGGUUGGGGACAUUUGAGACGGCGGAGGAAGCAGCUCUGGCUUAUGACAAGGCUGCUUUGAGGAUUAGAGGCCCCAAGACAUACCUUAACUUUCCUCUUGAGACAGUUGCAAGAGCCAUGGGAAUCGAAAAUGACUUCAAUUUUGGCUCAUUUCCAACUUGGCAAGGCAACAGAGGAAAUGUCUCAAAUCCCAGGAAAAGAACAUUAAUGGAUAGGGAAGAAUGUGAUAAUUACAUGAUGAGUGUGGAACCUGCAUUGAAGAGAAAGGUUAGUGAGAAAGAUAUGAUUUUUUCUAGCACCACAAAAAGAGAAGAACCUGCCAUGGAGAGGAGGUGUAUGGAAGAAAUAUUUGGAAAUGGGUAUGAUGUGGUGGAAUUUCAGGAUUUGGGUAGUGAUUAUUUGGAGAGUUUGCUGUCUUCCUUCUGAAAGACCACCCCCCACCCCCCUAAAAAAAAUAAAAGAAAAUGAAAUGAGGUAUUAUUGGUGUAAAAACAUUGUUCAUGUAUAUUUUUCCUGAACAAAUUUUUAUUUUGUUU